UCUACAUAAACAGCUCGUCAACCACCUCGGUAGCUUGCUAGCCAACAUAGCCAAAAGAUUCAAGCUAUUUAUACGCUUUCGGUGUAUAUUACCUACUGUGUUUUAGCCACACUUCUGUCGUAUCAACUUGUUAACCUAUUUAAUUGAAUAUUACGUUAUUUUGUAUUAGUUAGCUAGAGUAGCUGUCUGGUUAAGUUAGCACUAGCCUUGUCGCUAAUGAUAGCUAGCUAGCUAACAUCCCCGAACAUGAGCCUCUCCCCUCCUGCUAAAGAAGAGGAAGUCUGCUGGAAGGAGAAAGAGGGUAUGUGGCAGAACAUUGUUGUGAAAGAGGAGGAAACUGAGGCUGUUACAUUGAAAGAAGAGGAGGAGGAUGCCGUUUUUGGUGUGAAAGAGGAGGAGGGGGAGAUUACUGUCACAUUGGAGGAAGAAGAGGAGGUUGGAGAUCUGUUUAACCCCAGAGAGAUACUUCACUAUCGUGGAUCCUCUGGGGAGCCUCAACAACCUCAUGAUGCUGACGAGGCAGAGAAGAGUCUUUGCAGAUCAGAACACCUCAUAAAACACCUGCAGAGAUCCACAGGGAGGAGAACUCACUGCAGCUCUGACUGUGGGAAGAGAUUCACCUCAUCAGGCAUUCAAAUUCAUCAGAGAACACACACAGGAGAUAAACAUUUUAGCUGUGAUCAAUGUGGGAAGAGUUUUGGUCGAUCUUGCCAUCUGAUUCAACACCAGAUAAUACACACAGGAGAGAAAUCUUAUAGCUGUGGUCAAUGUGGGAAGAGUUUUCUUCGAUCUGGAGAUCUGAAAGUGCACCAGAGAAUCCACACAGGAGAGAAACCUUAUAGCUGUGAUCAAUGUGGGAAGAGUUUUAGCCAAUCUGGAGGGCUGACUCAACACCAGAGAAUACACACAGGAGAGAAACCUUAUAGCUGUGGUCAAUGUGGGAAGAGUUUUGGUCGGUCUGGCCAUCUGACUCAACACAAGAGAACACACACAGGAGAGAAAUCUUAUCGCUGUGAUCUGUGUGACAAAAGAUACUCCGAUAAAAGAUCUCUGAUCAAACAUCAGAAAAUACAUACAUGAAGGAGUUGUUUCGUGAUAUCAAUGAAAUUGUCACAAUGUAGAAUGUUUUAACAUUGUAGAAGGAGUAUUUUAAUGAUGUCACAAUGUAGAAGACUAAACGUUUGCCUCGUUCAAUUGAUGUUAAUGUGAUAUGGCUAUUAAGCUCAGGGGGGAAAUCCAAACUCUGAAUGAAAAGAGUACUAUUUAUGUGAUUUAUGAAAAAGUGACUAACACAAAAAGAGCUGUGUUACACUUACCAUGUUGGUGACCCACUUGAAUCAAAAUGCAACACUUCAAAAUGUAGCGAGCUGUUUUCUACAAAUUGUCCUCUAACCAGUGAUGUACACAUUAUUCCCAGAUUACGUGUGGGUUUUGAGCUGUUAGUUUAAACAGGACGUGCAACCUCAUCUCCCUCCUCUUGGCACAAUUGAUUUCAAGAUGAUAUUGAUGAGUGAUGACAAAUGUUUUUUUUAUUUUUUAUUUCACCUUUAUUUAACCAGGUAGGCUAGUUGAGAACAAGUUCUCAUUUGCAACUGUGACCUGGCCAAGGUAAAGCAAAGCAGUGUGACACAGACAACAACACAAAGUUACACAUGGAGUAAGCAAUAAACAAGCCAAUAACACAAUAAACAAGUCAUUGACACAGUAGAAAAAAGAAAGUUUUAUAUACAGUGUGUGCAAAAGGCAUGAGGAGGUAGGCAAUAAAUAGGCCAUAGGUGCGAAUAAUUACAAUUUAGCAGAUUAACACUGGAGUGAUAAAUGAGCAGAUGAUGAUGUGCAAGUAGAGAUACUGGUGUGCAAAAGAGCAGAAAAGUAAAUCAAAUAAAAACAGUAUGGAGAUGAGGUAGGUGGAUUGGGUGGGCUAUUUACAGAUGGACUAUGUACAGCUGCACCGAUCGGUUAGCUGCUCAGAUAGCUGAUGUUUAAAGUUGGUGAGGGAAAUAAAAGUCUCCAACUUCAGCAAUUUUUGCAAUUCGCUCCAGUCACUGGCAGCAGAAAACUGGAAGGAAAGGCGGCCAAAUGAGGUGUUGGCUUUGAGGAUGAUCAGUGAGAUAUACCUGCUGGAACGUGUGCUACGAGUGGGUGUUGUUAUCGUGACCAGUGAACUGAGAUAAGGCGGAGCUUUACCUAGCAUAGACUUAUAGAUGACCUGGAGCUAGUGGGUCUGGUGAUGAAUAUGUAGCGAGGGCCAGCCGACUAGAGCAUACAAGUCGCAGUGGUGGGUGGUAUAAGGUGAUUUGGUAACAAAACGGAUGGCACUGUGAUAGACUGCAUUCAGUUUGCUGAGUCGAGUGUUGGAAGCUAUUUUGUAGAUGACAUCGUCGAGGAUCGGUAGGAUAGUCAGUUUUACUAGGGUGAGUUUGGUGGCGUGAGUGAAGGAGGCUUUGUUGGGAAAUAGAAAGCCAAUUCUAGAUUUGAUUUUCGAUUGGAGAUGUUUAAUAUGAGUCUGGAAGGAGAGUUUAUAGUCUAGCCAGACACCUAGGUAUUUAUAGUUGUCCACAUAUUCUAAGUCGGAACGUCCAGGGUGGUGAUGCGAGGCGGAUGCGGGCAGCGAACGGUUGAAAAGCAUGCAUUUGGUUUUACUAGCGUUUAAGAGCAGUUGGAGGCCACGGAAGGAGUGUUGUAUGGCAUUGAAGCUUGUUUGGAGGUUAGUUAGCACAGUGUCCAAGGAAGGGCCAGAAGUAUACAGAAUGGUGUCAUCUGCGUAGAGGUGGAUCAGGGAAUCGCCCGCAGCAAAAGCGACAUCAUUGAUGUAUACAGAGAAGGGAGUCGGCCCGAGGAUUGAACCCUAUGGCACCCCCAUAGAGACUGCCGGAGGUCCGGACAACAGGCCCUCUGAUUUAACACACCCACCUGUAGCACGCGCUCCAGCAGGUAUAUCUCUCUGGUCACCCCCAAAACCAAUUCCUCCUUUGGCCGCCUCUCCUUCCAGUUCUCUGCUGCCAAUGACUGGAACGAACUACAAAAAUCUCUGAAACCGGAAACACUUAUCUCCCUCACUAGCUUUAAGCACCAGCUGUCAGAGCAGCUCACAGAUUACUGCACAUGUACAUAGCCCAUCUAUAAGAUGAGAAAAAAGUGUUGUGUUGCGUUCCUUUGUUUAGCGACCCCUAUAUCUCCCAUUUCCAUGUAUUUUUUGUUGUUGUUAGUUUCAACAGCACAAACAUCCUGAUUUCCCCCCUAAUUGAUAUCACUGAUUUAUUGCUACUUGUCAAAACAACAGCGGUUUUGGUGCUUGUGUCCAUGGUGAGGACAACGUGGUUUCUGAUUGUCUCAAGGUUGGGCAGUCAAAAAGAUGUGUGUUUUGUGUUUAGCCAGUGCGUUCCAUGGAUCACAAAUUAUUUUUCAUUUCUGGUGCUUGUGCAGUUUAUAAGGUGCUUGUUUUAAAAAAUACAAGUAAUAUGAUUAUUGUGGCAGAUGUUCAUGUAUAUAGUACGUUUUACGUUUAGGUUUUCAAUUUAUCACAAACUGUUUCUGCAUUUGGACUAUUGAUUUGGACACGUUUAAACUGUGACAUUGGGGAUAUCCUACCUAGCAAAAUGUCGUUGAAAAUAAGACUAUGACAGACGUAUAAUAUAAGUUUGGUUUUAGUUGAAAGUUGAAAAGAAAACUAUUUAAUUUCAACGUACUUGCAGCUUAUACACAUGGACGCAGUAUAAUAAAUUGGUCUAUAAUCAAUUUUAUUAACAAUAAAAUCCUAAUAAAUUGAGUCAUAAAUAUAAAGUAUAUUUGUUGUCCUAAGGGGAAGGUGUUACAGACUUUGGUUUUGAGGUUGGACUUUAGCACAUCUAGCUCGUUAGCAUGUCUAGCUCAUUAGCUCGUUAGCACGUAGGACGCACUGAUUGGUGUCACCUCGUUAGUCAGUAUGUGUUACACCUGUGCUGGCUUGUCCAUCUCGUUAGUGGGAAGGUGUUUCACCUGAGCUGGUCCAGGUUCUAUUUAAGAGUGUCUGGCCCAGUGCUCCAGUUGUCUUGAUAGAUGUGGAGAUUCAACACCUUUAGUUGCUCCACCUUUUUGGUUUGCUUCCUGUCUUUAAGUUGGUUGUGGGUUUUUCUUUUGUUUGCCUCUUCUUGGCAGAUUUAGUGGGUCUCAUGGUGGGUGUCUUUUAGGUCCCAGUUGUUGUUACUAGUCAACUUUCAGUGGACACCCCCAUAGUGUCUUUCAGAGCCCCUCCUAAAAAACAAGCUUAUAUUUUGGGUUGGAUAUUGCAUCCAAUUAAAUUUUAAUCAAUGGAAUUUCCUUAGAAUGUUCAUUAGUCUUUCAGUUAGUCUUCUGUUUGAUGUGUACUAAAUAUUUCUGUUUAUUUUCUUCUUUUUUCUCUCCCUGUGAAGCCAUUCUGUUGAAUCCAUGUCUGAAAUGUGCUGUGUAAAUAAAGCUUGAUUUAAUUUCAA